UACAGCAGCAGCAGGCUGGCUUUAGGGAUCUAUUGUUCCUUGUGUUAUUGGUGCCAAACCUCAUUCUCUCUCAUUAAGGAGCCGGGAGAGAAAGAGACACAGAGAAGAGCAAGUGGAGUCCUCCGUCUUGUUUCGACCAGGAUUACCUCUCCGUGGACACGCAGAGGUGGACAAAAGCAAAGCAUAAGAAGGCACACACACACACACAGUUGAGUUCAUCUUCACCUCGUGGCUUGGCUUCUUAUUUUCGAUCGUCCUGACCGCACUGGGAAGUACAGUGCUGGCUGCGCAGUGGCCAUGGGGCUGGCCGGCAGAGCUGUCGGGAAGCUGGGGGUGCUGAAAAGGGUCUCCUUGCUGUGGAGGUUAGCGCUGCUCUUUCUCUCCAUCCGGGACCUGGAUGCACGAGCGGCAGUGGGAACUCAACCCACGUACGUUUGGCAAACAGGUCCAUGGGGUCGAUGCAUGGGCAGCGAGUGUGGCCCAGGUGGUAGCCAGAGCAGAGCGGUAUGGUGUGCUCACUCCGAAGGUUGGACCACUUUACACACGAACUGCGACCAGGCAGAACGGCCAAACAACCAACAAAGCUGCUUUAGAGUGUGUGAUUGGCACAAAGACCUGUAUGACUGGCAACUGGGUGCAUGGAACCAAUGUGUUGCUGUGUCACUGCGCAGUUCAGGGGUGCAACGGCCCACUGUGUGCACUCGGGGCGAGGAGGGGAUACAGACCCGUGAGGUGGGCUGUGUCCAGAAAGUGAAUGGUGAGCCAGCAGAGGAUGCAAUCUGUGAAUACUUUGAACCCAAACCCCGUCUCGAGCAGGCCUGCCUCAUCCCUUGUCCUCAGGAUUGUGUGUUGUCAGAGUUCAGUCCAUGGACACCCUGUUCAAAGACUUGUGGGAUGGGCUUGCAGAACAGAAUUCGGAUUGUUCUUGCACCACCAUUAUUUGAUGGGGCAGCAUGUUUAAACCUGACAGAGUUUCAGACAUGCCAGCCAGGACCGUGUGAGGGAGAGGAGAGCCUGUUCAGUCUGCGGGUAGGAUCUUGGGGGCCCUGCUCUGUGCCAGUCUCAAGACAAGCCAGACAAUCUGGCAAACCAGCCAGUGAGAGUGAGAAGCCAUCCAAAGAAAGUGAUAAACCUCCAAAAGAUGAGUCGAAAAAACAAUCCAAAAGAGGGGACAAACGGAGCAGAGAGGGUGACAAACAGCUGAAAGAGGGGGACAAGCGGUCCGUACAGGGUGAUGAACUUUCCAGAGAGGGAGACAAACCACAAAAAUCCAAUAGAAAAUUUGGCAAGGUGAACAGAAAACCUGACAGACCAUCCCGUCAGGCAGACCGCCCCAAACAGCAAAGAAAGGCUAAAAACAAAGAAAAACGAGAAAGAAUCAGAGAAAAAGCCCGAGAGAGGUUGAGGGAAAGGGGAAAGGUAAAGGAUCCUGAGACCCGAGAGCUCAUCAAAAAGAAACGUAACAGGAACCGUCAGAAUCGGCCUGGAGCAAAGUUCUGGGAUUUGCAAAUUGGCUACCAGACAAGAGAAGUCACCUGUGUGCACAAGAGUGGGAGUGUUGAAGCGCUAAGCCUAUGCUCCCAUGAGUCGUUGCCACUGACCUACCAAGCGUGUGUCGUAACUAAAGACUGCGAUGUGACCGACUGGUCUGAAUGGUCAACUUGCUCUAAGGAGUGCUAUGACCCCAACGGGCCCAAGGGUGAGCAGACCCGCACACGAAAAGUGAGUCAGUUCCCCACCGGAGGAGGAGCUGAGUGCCCUGAGCUGGAGGAGAACCAGCCAUGCAGUCCUCAGGGAGAAACCGUGCCACCCUGUAUUGUUUACAAUUGGAAGACCGCUGAGUGGACGGAGUGCAGGGUGGACGUGCUUCUGAGCCAACAGGACCGUCGCAGAGGAAACCAGACCGGCUUGUGUGGAGGUGGGAUUCAGACUCGGGAGGUUUACUGUGUCCUGGCCAGUGCAGAUACGCCACCCAAUCUCAGUUCUCUCAAGAGCAAAGAAGCACUGCGGCCAGUAAACAGUGAUCUUUGUGUCGGGAUGCCUCCCAACACCACCCAGCUCUGCCAUAUAAACUGUCCGGUCGAGUGUGAGGUGUCGUCCUGGAGUGCCUGGGGACCCUGCAUCUAUGAAAACUGCCAGGAUCCAACUGCUAAGAAAGGGUUCAAAAUGAGGAAACGCAAGAUCGUCAAUGAUCCAACGGCCGGGACAGGAAUUUGCCCACACUUGGUGGAGGCAAUACCAUGUGAAGAUCCCCAGUGCUAUGACUGGCUAGUGGUUAAAUUAGAAGAGUGCAUCCCUGAUAAUGAGAAGAAAUGUGGACCAGGAACACGAAAUCCUCAAGUUCAGUGUGUCAACAGUGAUGGUGAACAUGUAGAGAGACAACUCUGCCGCGAUGCCAUCCUGCCUAUGCCAGUCAUCUGUGAGGUGCCUUGCCCAAAGGACUGUGCCCUCAGUCCUUGGACCCUGUGGUCCCUCUGCUCCCACACCUGCUCUGGAAAAAAUACAGAGGGCAAGCAGACCAGAGCACGCUCCAUUUUGGCCUACAAUGCAGGAGAGGGUGGAAUCCAAUGUCCCAAUAUCAGUGCCCUGCAGGAGGUGAGGAGCUGCAAUGACAACCCCUGCACUGUGUACCACUGGCAGACUGGCCCAUGGGGACAGUGCAUAGAGGACUCCUCCAUCCCAGCCACCAACAUGUCUGUGGGUCACACACAUGGAGAUGAUUCCUCGUGCUCAGUAGGGAUGCAGACUCGUAAAGUCAUCUGUGUCCGAGUAAAUGUGGGCCAGGUUCCUCCCAAAAAGUGUCCAGAGAGCUUGCGUCCAGACACUGUCAGGCCCUGCUUAUUGCCUUGCAAAAGAGACUGUUUUGUUACCCCAUACAGUGACUGGAGCUCCUACCCGUCAACAUGUCAAAAAGGUGGAAAGACAAAGAAGAAACAGUACAGAAAACGCAUCAUCAUCCAGUUACCAGCCAAUGGAGGGCAAGAGUGUCCAGAAGUGCUGAUGCAAGAAAAAGAGAGUGAUGCUCCCUCUGUCUGUCCAGGAUACAGAUGGAAAACACACAAAUGGCGAAGAUGCCAAAUGGUUCCAUGGUCAGUUCGUCAGGAUAGCCCUGGAGCUCAAGAAACUUGUGGAUCAGGCCUACAGGUUCGAGCUGUUUCGUGUCGGAAGCAGGAUGGUGGACAGGGUGAUGUUGAAGCUUGUCUGAAGUUCUCCAGGUCUAUGCCACCUCUUACCCAGCUCUGCCAGCUGCCCUGCCAGGAGGACUGUCAACUGAGCAGCUGGUCCAAAUUUUCCCCUUGCACAGCCAACUGUGUCGGUGUCAGGGUCCGCAAACGUACGCUUGUGGGUAAGAGCAAAAAGCGAGAUCAGUGCAAGAACCACCAGAUGUAUCCGCUGAGUGAAACUCAGUACUGCCCGUGCAACAAAUACAAUGCUCAGCCUGUGGGCAACUGGUCCGACUGUAUACUUUCCGAGGGCAGCCGUGUGGAAGGACAACUGGGCAUGAAGGUCCAGGGCGAUAUCAAGGAGUGUGGUCAAGGGUAUCGAUACCAAGCCAUGGUUUGCUAUGACCAGGAUAACCGCAUCGUAGAGACUUCACGCUGCAACAGUCACGGGUACAUUGAGGAGGCUUGCAUCAUUCCCUGUCCGUCUGACUGCAAGCUCAGUGAGUGGUCCAACUGGUCACGAUGCAGCAAAUCAUGCGGCAGUGGCGUCAAAGUUCGAUCAAAAUGGCUCAGAGAAAAACCAUACAACGGCGGUAGGCCUUGCCCCAAACUUGACCACGUCAACCAGGCACAAGUAUAUGAAGUGGUGCCCUGCCUCAGUGACUGUGGGCAGUAUGUUUGGAUGGUAGAGCCAUGGAGUGUAUGGAAAGUUAGCAAUGUGGACCUGAAAGACAACUGUGGUGAAGGCGUUCAGACCAGAAAAGUCAGGUGUAUGCUGAACACAAUAGACGGGCCCUCGGAGCAGGUGGAGGACUACCUGUGUGACCCGGAGGAGAUGCCUCUGGGAGCUCGUAACAGCCGGCUGCCCUGUCCAGAGGACUGCGUGUUAUCAGACUGGGGAGCCUGGCAUCCAUGUCCACUGCCUUGUAAUGGGAACAGUACACGAGAGAGGAGGGCUUACCCAGCCCGGCAGCCAGGAGAGGAGAAGGUGUGUCCUCCAACCACCGAAGCAGAGCUUUGCAAACUCAACAGCAAUUGCUUCCACCAUUCCUACAAUGUCACUGACUGGAGUACCUGUCAACUGAGUGACAGAGCUGUCUGUGGAAAUGGUAUCAAAACCCGCAUGUUGGACUGUGUGCGGAGCGACGGCAAAUCUGUUGACCUGAGGUUCUGUAAAGAGCUUGGCCUAGAGAGGAGGUGGCAGAUGAAUGCGUCCUGUGUUGUGGAGUGCCCUGUCAACUGCCAGCUGUCCGAGUGGUCGGCGUGGUCCGACUGUACACACAAAUGCGGACUCCAAGGCAAGUUAUGGAGAAGACGAACGGUCAUCCAGGCUCCGCAGGGUGACGGGAGACCUUGCCCAACCCAGAUGCAACAGCGGAAGCCAUGCCUCGUGAAGCCCUGCUACAGCUGGAGAUACAGCGUGUGGUCUGAAUGCAAGUCUGAGGGUGCAAGGUGUGGUGAAGGCUUGCGGUUCAGGAACAUUUCAUGCUUCGUGUCAGAUGGAUCUGAUCUACAGGGAAGUCUGGUGGAUGAUGAGCUGUGUGGAGAACAAGAAGCUGCGGUGGACGGAGACACACAGAUCAUACUGCAGGAGUCCUGCACAGUACCUUGUCCAGGCGAAUGCUACCUUACAGAUUGGACAGUUUGGAGUCCAUGCCAGUUAAGCUGUGUUAGUGGGGAUGAUCUGGGUUUUGGCUCGGUGCAAGUCCGCUCUCGAGCUGUUGUGGCUCAAGACCCUGAGAAUCUGCUUCAAUGUCCAGAACAGGAGCUGGAGGCCAGGCCAUGUACAGAGGGGCAGUGUUUUGAAUACAAAUGGCGGGCAGGACCAUGGAGAGGCUCAUCGCGGCAUAUCUGGUGCCAACGUUCGGAUGGACUGAAUGUCACAGGGGGGUGCCCAACAACAGCCAAGCCAAUGGCUGACCGAUCUUGUAACCCACCCUGCACCAAACAACGUUCCUUUUGUACAGAGUCGGGAGUUUGUGGCUGUGAGGAGGGCUACACAGAAGUGAUGACAUCUGAUGGCUUACUCGACCAGUGCACUGUUAUCCCGGUGCUGGAGAUUCCCACUGCCGGUGACAACAAGGCAGAUGUCAAGACCAGCCGAGCCUUCAACCCCACCCAGCCGGCAGUCAGCCCACCUGGCAGAGCGGGACGCACCUGGUUUCUGCAGCCAUUUGGUCAAGAUGGGAAGCUCAAGACCUGGGUAUAUGGAGUAGCAGCAGGAGUAUUUGUUCUGCUGGUUUUCAUGAUGUCAAUGACUUACUUAGCUUGCAAGAAGCCAAAGAAACCACAGCGACGACAGAUGAACAACAGACUGAAGCCACUGACGCUGGCCUAUGAUGGAGACGCUGACAUGUAGGAGUCUUUCUGUUUACCGUGCUGAUCUACAGACAUUUGGAAAGCUUUGGAAGAAAACCUCAGAAUAUCAAAAAUCUUAAUCGAAGCUCAUGAGCAGCUUUCUCUUCCUUGGUGAUGUUUUUGUUUGUUUGUUUCACAAAAGCCUUUAUGACUUUAUUUCACUUUCUACAUCUGGAAGUUUGCCUUUCUCUGCUGUAUUUUAAUUAAAGUUGCCCACAUGCAGAUGUUUUUCCUGGUAAACACAAAUUAUUUUAAAUUGUACUUUUGUUGAGUUUGUCACAGCUGCGUGGAAUCUGUAAGGGCCGAGAAGAGUAACUUAGCAUGCUGGCAUCCUGAAUCUCACAGCAGCCAUCUCUUCUGCCUCCCUCUCCUUUUUUUCAGGCAUCAUUUUGCACUAUAUUAGUGCAGCAAGUUCUACUCAUGUCUAGCUUACCCAUAGGAAUGGCCUCUCUCCAGACAAGCUGGUAAACAUUGUACUACAUUUUUGGGCAAAGACCUCACUAACAAUGAGUUUGACUACAAAUGAUGGGAUUCUGUAAAUAAGUCUGUUUGUUCAUUUGUUUUUCUCAUAACUUACCUUUCCAACAUGUACAGCUAACUCUUCCAUGCGAGCUCUGUGUGUUAAGUGAAUCUGAAAUGAUUUGACUUGUGGCUUAUACUGAUGUUUAACUUUGGAUGAUGGUUGCCCUUAAGUGUCUGAUUCAAGCCACAGGGUAUAGACAAGCCCUCACCAAUUCUGCUAUGACAGUGGGACCAAAAUCUUACGAUGAAAGAUAUCUCCGCUUCGGAGGAGUGAAAAAGAUGAGGCCCUCUGUUCUGCUCAUCUAAUUAUUGAGUCAUAUGAAUUUUAAUUGCAUCGAAAACCAAUACCAAUCUAGGCAUUAUAUGAGGGUCAGUCAAAAAGUAAGGAGCCUAAUUUAACCUACUAUUAAUUCAUUAAUAUUUUAUGAUUUAUUUAUUUUUAGAAAUGUUCACAGUUUGGAGUUUAAAUGUUUGAAGGUUUAUUUCAAAACAUGUUUUCUUUAAGCCUGUUGAUCACUGAUGGUGUAGUGGUACACUCACCCGGCUUUGGUGCGGGCAGCGGCGUGGGUUCAGUUCCCACUCAGUGACGGUGUCAAUGUGAGUGCGCAUGGUUGUCCGUGGCUCUAUGUGCCCUGUGACCGACUGGCGACCAGUUCGGGGUGUAGUCCGCCUUUCGCCCGAAGUCAGCUGGGAUAGGCUCCAGGAUAAGCGGUGUUGAAAAUGGAUGGAUGGGUGUUUAAGCCUGUCCUCUUCCUGUCAGCCAUUUUGGAAAUGACGUUAUUGUUGGAUGCCCAUCAGAAGCAGAAAGCUGUGAACAUGAACCGUUCUGAAAAAAAUCAAGUCAAAGUCAUUAGUAGAGUACGUGAAAUUGGGCUCAUUACAUUUUGGCUACCCUUUGUAUUUCCUGUUAUGCCUCCAUGCAUCUUUCCAUCAGAUGCCGUAGGAUGCAUUGGAUAUUCUCGUUUGGUCUGACUGUCUACCUGUUUAAGUAUUUUCCUUCAUGAAUCUUAGGAGGUUGUUUGGCAACCAUUUUUUAUGUCCUUUGGCCCAGGCCCUUGACUUAUUUUCAAAUAUUACAGAUCUACAAUGCCUUGUUUUCAUAUUGGCAGCUUGUAUAUGUUCUCAUAAGGCUUUGUGUUUUAAGGUAAACAGCCUUGAGUCUUGCUAGGCACUUAUCAAAUAGUUUUGGAGGUUCCGCUCUUCACAGCUGCGGACGUUUAUUCAUUCAUAAAUAAAGUCAUCGAUGUAACCUCAUUUGAAACUGUUUUGUCAUUUGACACUGUACCACAAUGGGUGAGCUUCACGAUGCAGUUGCCGAUGUACUGUAGUUCAUAGGAAAUCCCCAUUGUCAACUCUCAAGCACUGACGUUCAUUGAUAAAAGUAUAUGAAAUGUGCAGUAUGCAUCUCUCAGUGCGCUUGAAAGUAUACAGUGCAUUCAUUACCAAGGCCUAGACAUCUAAUAAUUGCCUGACUGUCCAAUAUUAUGUGAAGCUAUUUGCCAGUAAGUUAAUGGAAUGUUUAAUUUAUAUUUCGUUUCAUAUGAGCUGUAAAUAAAGUGAAAAAUACUUUUUAAAUGUAUUAUUCAUGUACCAUAUUUUUCUUUCACUUUUGUACUCAGAAGUUGAACAAAAAAAGGGAUAAAAGCUGAGUGAAUGUGUGUAUGCUAUUGAUAACCAUGUGACAAACAGAUGAACUCUGUCUUUUUCCUACUGUUUGUAUGUAUUGACUAAUUGCUGAUAAUA